AUGUCAGGGACUGACAGGGUAAAAACAGGGGAUUUUUUGGAAUCUAAGGGGAUAUUCAAUUCAGUAGUGAUAGUGAAGAUGCUUAUAGAAGCCGGAGCUGAUAUCAAUCCUAAAGGUGGAUAUAAUACACCACUGACAGCAGCAUGUUAUGGUGGACAAAUGAGUUUAGUGAAGGAGCUUAUAGAAGCCAGAGCUGAUAUCAAUCAACAAAGUGAGUAUUAUACACCACUGACAGCAGCAUCAGCAUGUCAAGGUGGACAUAUGAGUUUAGUGAAGGAGCUUAUAGAAGCUGGAGCUGAUAUCAAUCAACAAGGUUGGAAUUAUACACCACCGACAGCAGCAAUUAAGGGUGUAGUGAAGGAGCUUAUAAAAGCAGGAGCUGAUAUCAAUCAACAAGCAGCAAGUCAAGUUGGACAUAUGAGUAUAGUGAAGGAGCUUAUAGAAGCCGGAGCUGAUAUCAAUCCUAAAGGUAAGUAUAAUACACCACUGACAGCAGCAUGUAAGGGUGGGCAUAUGAUUGUAGUGAAGGAGCUUAUAGAAGCCAGAGAUGAUAUCAAUCCUAAAGGUAAGUAUAAUACACCACUGACAGCAGCAUGUCAUGGUGGACAUAUGAGUUUAGUGAAGGAGCUAAUAGAAGCUGGAGCCGAUAUCAAUCCUAAAGGUAAGUAUAAUACACCACUGACAGCAGCAUGUAAGGUUGGACAUAUGAGUUUAGUGAAGGAGCUUAUAGAAGCCGGAGCUGAUAUCAAUCCUAAAGGUAAGUAUAAUACACCACUGACAGCAGCAUGUAAGGUUGGACAUAUGAGUUUAGUGAAGGAGCUUAUAGAAGCCGGAGCUGAUAUCAAUCCUAAAGGUAAGUAUAAAACACCACUGACAGCAGCACGUGAGAGGGGACAUGUGAGUGUAGUGAAGAUGUUACUAGAAGCGGGAGCAGUGUUACGUGUACUGAAGAAUGUGCGAUUCAGUAAAAGAGAGAAUGGUGACUCUGGACAAGAUUAUAUUAUGAUGGAUCGUUACAGAUUUUCUCAACAGAAUAUCAACACAUUACCAUGGCCCGCACUCAGUCCGGACCUUUUCCCCAUCGAGCAUUUCUGGAACAUGCCUGGACCUGCCAAUGUCCAAGAACACACUGCAGCAUUGCAACAGGAAUGGAACAACCUUCCCCCAAAGUGA